AUGUCCCGCAUCCUCAUCACCGGCUCCACUGACGGCUUUGGCCUCGCCGCAGCCCGCCAACUCGUCCAAAAGGGCCACACCGUGUACCUGCACGCCCGGAGCGCCUCGCGCGCCGCCGAGGCCGAAAAGGCCUGCCCCGGCGCGGCCGGGACCCUGAUCGCGGACUUCUCAAGCCUGUCUGAAACGAAAAGGUUCGCGGAAGAAGCUAACGCGCUCGGCAUCUUUGACGUUGUCAUCCACAAUGCUGGCCUCUAUCUCGGCCCGAUCCGCAGGACAGAAGACACGCAGGUGCCGGUGCAGGUGUUUGUGAACGUCCUUGCGCCUUACAUCCUCACAUGCCUGAUGAACAAGCCAAAACGGCUGAUCUACAUCUCCUCCACGCUGCAUAAGAUUGCCGACCCCAACAACCUCAACGAUAUGUUCUGGACCCAGCGGGGGGAGGCGCAGUGGGAUGCGUUCAAGGCGUACUGCGACACAAAAUUGCAGGUGAAUCUUGUCGCGAACGUUGUGGCGAAGAAAUGGAAAGGUGUCACCUCUGUUGCUACCAUUCAUCCAGGCUGGGUGGCCACCAAGCUUGGAGGUGGGCAGGCUCCCGAUAGUCUGGAGGAUGGAGUCGAGACAUAUGUGAAGUUGGCGGAGGGGGACUAUGAUCAGAGCCUGAUUGGGCCGUAUUUUGAUCCAAAGGGGAAGCUGGGCGAGCAGAUUGCUGCUGCAGUGGAUGAAGGACUGCAGGAGACGGCUGUGAAGCUGUUGGAGGAGAAGACCGGACUGAAGAUUCCUGCUUAG